GACGACGCCCAAACGAAGAGUGGUCAGCAACGGAGGUCGUUGGUUGAAAGUUUUGGGAUGAUCAUCGGCGGCAAUCGCGUGAAGCGAGCACGACCGGCAUAAUGAGAGGGGUGGCGAAGAUUAGCGUGGGGGCGGAUGAUAUAUUACGCGAUGAAGACGGUGGAGUUGCGGAGGAUUGCGAGGCGGACGGCGGGGCUGGUAACGACGACGAGGUGGACGACGAGAACAUGGAGAUUCGUCCACUGGGGAGAAAGUGGGGGGGGUCGACGGCCGCGAAAAAGUUGCCUGAAACGCGCACGGGGCGGAGGGGGAAGAAGGGUGUGGAAGAUGCGUUGGCUGGCGAGGGAUCGAAAAGCCGGGAUUUUUGGACCGUGGAGCACAUGAUUGCUCUCAUCCAGGCAAAAAGAGACCAGGAUUCGCAUUUUGCCGGUCUCGCGCACACCACGGGAAGGAUGGAGACGAAAACAUGGAAGUGGGACGACGUGGAGAAGAGGCUGGUGCACAUGGGGGUCACGAGUAGAAAGGCCGUCGAUUGCGGGAAGAAAUGGGACAACCUAUACCAGCAAUUCAAAACCGUGCACAAGUUUAUGGGAGAAUCGGGGAAGCCAAAUUUCUUCACACUGACGCCAGGCGAGAGGAAGGAGCGGGGGUUCGAUUUCCGGAUGGAUGAGCGUGUGUAUUCGGAGAUGGCGGCGAUGACCAGGAGCGAUCACACCAUACACCCCACCAAUCUUGCUGACACCGGUGCGACUGGAGGUGUUCAAAUGCCGGGCCCACACGGGGGUCGAAAUGAAUCCGGCGGUAGUGAGGGGGGCGGGGAUGGACAGAACGACGAUCAGGGGUCCACAAAGGAUUCUAUCAGCGGCGGUGGUGUUGGCGGGGGCAACAAAGAAAAGAAUGUGAGACAGCAGACCUUCGACACGAUUGCAGACGUCAUGAAGGAGCACGGGAGUCUGAUGGCGUCAACCGUGGACAGCGCGAGCAAGAGACAGUGCUCAAUUCUGACCAGGCAGUGCGACAUUCUGGAGCGAGAGGUUGAAGUGCAGAAGGAACACUACUUUAAGGCCGACCAGGCGAACUUGAUGAUGUGUGAAGCACUUAUGAAGAUUGCUAAAGCGAUCCGCGAGCGAUCAGGCCACAUACCGAAGUCGAAAAGGCAGCGCAUCGAUGACGCGAGCUCCUCACAAACUGAGGACUUCCUCGCAGACGAAGUGGCUAUGGUGGACGCGCAAGGGACGACAGGGGUCGUGAGGUUGGGUUUCGGGCGGGAUGGAGUGUCGAGGGAGCAGCUGCAAGCAGCGAGACGCAGCGUUGUUGGCGGUGCUGCCGGGACGGUGCCAAGGUCCCCAAACACGGCAGCGGUUGUCGUCACGGCCGCGCGGGUCGCGGGACAAAUUUCGGCGGCGGCAGGCCAAGGUCAGCCACGUCAGGCACUCCCCCUGCAACACGUGUUGGCGACAGGGGGAGGGCACACGGCGACCGCGCAAAAGGGCGACGCGACGGCUACCGCCAGUCGGACGGUGGCGGCGGACCACACAGCUAAAGGCAGCUUCGUCGAAGGCGCGGAAAGGGUGGGGGUCGACGACGUUGGCUGUGACGAUGGCCGAAGAGACAGAAAGCGGGAGGGCAAUGACGGCGACGACCGUCCACUUGUGCCGACGGGGAAGGGAGCGCCGAAGGAGGACGAGCUGCAAGAGAAGGCCAAGUUGUGGGUUGAUUGCGACGCUUUCUGGGGUCAGGGCCGCGGGAAACCUUUGAGGGAGGCGGUAGGCGAAUGCACCGACUACUUCGUCGCCGUCGCCAACGGAGACGCAGGAGCUGAGCCGCCUUCGAUGCUCAUCAUGCCCCCGAACGAUGUGCCUCGCUUCAAGAUCGACGACCCGGCGCAGCGUGAACCGGCUCUCCGCAGAGCGCGCAGCGUGGAGAGAGUAGUGCUGCGCACCAUCCACGGUUGGAUCUUUAAAUCGCAGUCGAGGUGGACUGGCUUCUCUCGUGCAGAGUCCUACAUCACRGUCGACUUCGCCACGGACCUCGCACGAGCAGUUUGGCAGGCCUUGGAAUGGUCGAGAGUGGUAUCCCCUGCACUCGUAUACCACACGGUGGCGAUGAAGAUGGACGUGCCCCUGUGGUUCGCGGGGGUGAAGAUUGAGGACCGCCUGGAAGACGACGACAUGGUGGCCCGACAGGAGGCGACAGUUCUUCUGCUGGCGGAGUGCUGGACAGAUGCGCUCUGGUGCGGACAGUGGGCGGAUGGCGGGUGCGUAAAACAGGAGAGGUUGUCCAGGCUGGCGGACUGUCUGCGAGCGUUGUUGUGCGCGGUCAUGUGGAUCAUGCGCAUGGGAGGUGACGACGACCGAUCGCAUUACGAGGCAUGGUCGUACGCGUCCAUGGUCGCGAAACCGACGAUGAUAGCGGCAGGGUCGUACAUCUUCAACUGGCGCCGACACGUGGUGGACUCCGCCAACCUCGUCCUCGAUCGUCUAGGGAAGGCCCACCUCACGCUGGGAGAUUACCCGCAAUGCAUUCCGGAGUGGUGUGAUUGCGGGUUGGCGUUCGGGCACAAUGCUUCCCUGAAGAACGCGGCGGAGGCUGCAAAACACGGGUGGAUCGACAGCGGGCCCGCGGCGGAUGACGAUGGAGAUGAUGGCAAGUGACACGUCAUCUCGAGCACAUGGCAGCGGGUUGGUGCGCAUCGUCGGCGCUUCGUCGACGAU